AUGAGAAGGAAACCAGUGGACUCCUUCAACAACAGUCCAGCUCCCACGAACCCUUAUCAGCAACUGACCACUUUUAAUAAUAACAACAGCCAAUUCAACUCACGAAUCAAUGACGAGUUGAAUCGAUCACAACCGUAUUCGACAACUUCAUCGAAACAGCAACCUCAACAACUGGAUCCUGGGUCGGGAAUGGGCAAUAAUAGCAUCCGCAAGUCUUCCAGCUCCAUGUUUGGUUUGAAACGACAUAGAGAUAAAGAGAGGCCGUUGCAUCAUCAACACCAUACGAAUGAAAGUCUUUCUGAUGUGUCAUCGACAGAUACCGCCAGCAUUUUAUCGGCUGGCACGCAACAUUCUUCAAAUAGCAGACGACUGUCACAGAACCCAUACCAACAGCAGUUACAGUUUCAACAACUGCAAUACCUGCAACAACCUGCCCACUCACACCAUCUGCUGCAACACAGCCUACCGCAGCAGCAACAGCAACACAAUUCGCAUUUCCCACCUGCAAGAUCGGCUUCGGCUGCAUAUCCAUCCUCACAGCCAACAUCUUCGCCACAUAAUAGGAAGUCAUCUGUUUAUAGUGUGUCUACUAUGGGUACCGAAAAGGUCGCGUCUAAUCCCUAUGAUACCCCAACGCAACUAUCGCGUCAACAAACAAAUGCAACUGCAAGUACAAACCUAUUAAGCAGAAUGUCAACAAAUAUCUCACUCAAUUCAGCAAUCAAACCUACUAGAAGCUCAACAGACGGAUACGAAAAGUUCCAUUUAGAGCGCCCAUCUUCUGCAUUUGAAAUUGAUAGAAUGUUUAAAGAUAUGUUGGAAAAAAUAAAUUUUAAAAGUUUACCACCACAAGCAACAAGGGACUUGUUAAAUUACGACACAGAUAGAAAGUGGAUGAUGAUUGAGCAGGACAGAAGAGCGGAGUAUGAGAGACAACUUCGGUACACUCAAAAAUCUAGUAGCGAACUACCAGAAACUUAUGCCCGAUGGUUGAUGCUGAAAUCAAUCACAACAUCACAAUUAAGUAAUUUAUGGCUACAAUUAAGAGCUGAGCCAAUAUCUUGGGUACGCGAGUUUGUAUACGAUUGCCAAGGAGAUGCAUUGUUGUCGUCGUAUUUAGAGAAGCUCCACGAUGGAAUGGAAACGCAACAGGUGUUCUCAAUCAAAGAUGAAGUGUUUGAUAAAGAGAAUUAUAUAAUGCGUUGUUUGAAAUGCGUCAUGAACCAGAAAUUAGGUGCAGAGAGAAUUAAAACAGAUGUCGAUUUAUUUGUAAAUGCUGUUAGCGGUUGUCUAUUAUCGCCCAGACUACUUGUGAGAAAGUUGGCAACUGAUGCUCUCACGUUUGUGGUAUCCUACAACUCCGAAGAUAAAGCUCGAUACAAUAAAGUGCUACACGCAGUUGAUUCAUUGAAUGAACGAGUGCUAUAUGAUUUUGAGGACUAUGAUGAAAACAAUAAUCGUAAGAAACGAGAGUUGAUACGGAAACCGCCACCAGCGAACUGCAAGCGUUUUGAAGUUUGGUUGAGCCUAGUAGAGAGAACUGUUGACGCGACUGGUAAAUUCAAUUCCAACGUUGGUGAACGAGAAGAGAUCAAAUCACAAUAUGUGGGGCCCGGCCCUAAAGAGAAUCAUUUUCCUGACUAUUGCGUUGCAACAAUGUUGUUUAUAAACAUUAUUGUCGAGAAUGCAUCUGACUUUAGACUGAGGAUAAAUCUCCGUCUGCAAUUUCAAGCAUCAGGGUUGAUCCGUUUAUUUUCAAAGUUUCAGACUCUUCAGCAACCGUUGCUCAACAAUCAGAUAGAAAGAUAUUUGUCUUUUGCCAGAGAAGACGAGACCGAGUUGAAAGUUGCUCUGGGUUUUGAUAGUGAAAUGAACUUCAACGAUCCGGUUGAUUUGGUCAAGUCUUUGUGGGAGACCUUUAGAGGAUCUGAUAAUCAAGGACAUUUCCUUAGUACAAUGCAGCAUUUGUAUCUUAUACAGUCAGAAAGGAAGAAUAAUAGGCAAGACGUUGGUCAAAGUUUGCGAAUACUCGACAACAUCAUCCAAAACCUAUCAUCUCAACAAAGCAGCGAUGAAAAUGCCGCUUUGAACAUUGCCAUAAAUAAAUUGUACGCCAACAUGAGUACAGAUGACCAAUACAGGCGCGCUUUGGAAGAAGUAAAGUAUUAUCGAAAAGUUGCCGAGGAAGCCACUGCAGAACGUGAUGAUAUGACGAGACAAAUUGAAAUGGGUGCCGAAGGAAUGAUUACUAGUUUGAAAAAUGAAGUGACUGAGCGUGAAUUGAUUAUUGAAAGAUUUAGAAGAACCAAUGAGGAAAUGAAGGAAGAAAUGCGCAACUUGAAAACCAAACUCAUGCGCGAGAAGCAAGAGCAGGAACUUGAAAUGAGAGAGUUUUUGAUUAUGUUGAAUAGUGGAGACAUUGAGACCGCGAUUUCCAAAAAGGGCAAAACAACUACUGCAUCAGUAAGAACAUCAAAUGCUGAAUUGGCCGAUCGGUUGAAAAGGCAAAUUCAUCGUCGAAGAGCUGAGUCGAGAUUGGAUAAUAAACGAUUGGGUACUCAAGUGGAACCGCUGAAGAGAUUGAGAGCUUUAAGAGACCAGAUGGGAGACAUUGAAAAUAUGGCGCGGGAAUUGGAAAUGACCGACUUUGAAACAUACACGGAACCACAAUUGGAGGAGCAAAGCCCUUCGGAACCAGAGGUCAUUGAAACUGUAUCAGAGUCUGAUUCAGAUGGUGAACCCGAACCAGAAUCAGAGCCAGAAGUUGUCUUGCCUCCCGUUCCAUUACCUGGGAAAAAGCGAGGAAUGCGCAGUGACGAUUUGACGAAGCUUGAUGGGUUGAGAAAGAAAUUGUCCAAUUUGCAGAGUGAGUCCAAUGACGUUAUGAAGUUCAAUACCAGUUCCAUGUUCAGCAAACAAAAGUACCUUGCUGUGGAAAGGUUGCAAGAGUUGGAAAAUAGCUUUAAAGAUUUCAAUAUUGACUUUAGUGCUCACAAUGAAGACGAUUACAGCUUUUCACCGGGCACUGAUGAUCCAAUAAGGGACAAGACGAAAGAGGUUUUGAGUGAGGUUGAGCGAUUACGAAAUGAGUUGAGAAAGCAAUUGGCUGAGGCUAAUAAACCUAAAGCAGCAAAGAAGAGAGCUUCGGUGAUGGACAGACUUGAGGACAAGUAUAUGAAAGGUCAGGUACAGACCAAUGCUGACGUUUCUAGUCAACAAGUGAAGGAGCACAAGAAACUGAAUAGAAUGACUACAAUCGGAUCCAUGGAUCCUCUGUUCCUCAAAGAGUUGAGCAACAAGGUUCAAUUAGCAGAGCCUAUUGACGCAGCUAAGCGUGAUGCAAAUGGUGAACGUGGUACAUCAACAUCUGGCAAGGAACAAGAGGAACCUGGUUCUGGAGAACCUGUGCCGGAGGAACCGUCAGCAGAAACAGCAAGUGGUUCAAAUUCAGCACUUACCCCACUCCCUCCUCCUCCUCCUCCACCACCACCGCCGCCUUUACCUUCAUUAUUGGGUGGAGAGUCCUCAAACUCUGCUCCACCACCAGCACCACCAGCACCACCAGCACCUCCUCCUCCAUCUUUUUUGAAUGGCUCUACUUCAGCGCCACCGGCACCGCCUGCUCCGCCGCUUCCGCCACCUUUGUCAAGUGGAGGUUCUUCUAGAAACUCACCUCAAUUACAAUCACCAUCUCCAUCACCUAUCUUGGGUAAUGUCCCACGACCAAAGAAGAAAUUGAAACAGUUACAUUGGGAAAAGAUUGAUCAUACUGAAGUCGACAACUCAUUUUGGAAGGAACCAAACUCAGAUACACUUGCAAGUGAGUUGAUGUCGAAGGGUGUGUUUGACGAAAUUGAAAUAAUCUUUGCCGCUAAAGAGAUCAAGAAAUUGGCUUCAAAGAAGAAGGAAGAUAUGGAUAAAGUCUCUUUCUUGUCCAGGGAUGUUGCACAACAAUUUAGUAUUAACUUGCAUACGUUCAGUUCCUUAUCAGAUAUGGAACUAGUGAUGAAGGUUUUAAGAUGUGAUAAAGAUGUCGUCACCAAUCUAUCUGUCCUAGAAUUUUUUGGCAAAGAAGAAAUCACAGAGAUUACCAAUACGGCAGUAAGAAAUUUUGAGCCAUACUCAACCGAUUACAAGACUGACGAAAUUACCAAACCGGACAAGGAUCCAUCGGAGUUGCAAAGACCUGACAGGAUCUAUUUGGAGUUGAUGUAUAACUUACAACACUAUUGGAAGUCAAGAACCAGAGCGUUAUCAGUCAUUGCGCAAUAUGAAAAAGAUUAUGAUGAUUAUGUUUCCAAAUUAAGAGCAAUAGAUGCUUCAGUUGACAGUAUCAAAAAUUCAAAACAUUUAAAGGGUGUAUUUGAAAUCAUUUUAACUGUGGGAAACUAUAUGAAUGAUUCGUCAAAACAAGCUCGUGGGUUCAAAUUGAGCUCAUUGCAACGUUUGGGUUUCAUGAAGGAUGAAAAGAAUAGUAUGACGUUUUUGCACUAUGUGGAAAAGCUUAUUCGCACCCAGUUUCCUGAGUAUCUUGAAUUCCUUGAUGAGCUAGCCAAGUGUAAUGAGACUGCAAAAUAUUCAAUUGAGCACAUAUACAACGAUUGUAAAGAUUAUGUUCAAAGUAUUAAAAACGUGCAAAGCUCAAUUGAUAUUGGAAACUUAUCUGACAUUUCCAAAUUCCAUCCCCUGGAUCGAGUACUAAAACAUGUUUUGCCUGCAUUGCCUAAAGCAUCGAGAAAAGCAGGGUUACUUUUAGACCAAGCCAACUUUACUUUGAAGCAAUUUGAGGACUUGAUGCUUUACUUUGGGGAGGACGCACAGGAUCUGUUUGUCAAGAAUUCUUUUAUUAGCAAGUUUACAAACUUCAUGAAGGAGUUUAAACGUGCCCAAACUGAGAACUUGAAACGGGAAGAAGAGAUUAGAAUUUACGAGCAACGAAAGAAAUUGGCCGAAUCGGCUCACAAGAAGAGUAGCAGCGGCAGUAAUACUCCAAAUGAAGCAACGGAGAAUGAUGAGGAUGAAGGAGUCAUGGACUCGUUGUUGGAAAAAUUGAAGGCAGUUGGGCCAACAAAGGGUGAGCCAUCGUCAGCGCGAAAGAAAGCAUUGAUGAGGCGCCAAAUCUUGGAGAACCAACGGAAAUUUUCUUCAGACGGCCCUCCAUCGCCGACAAAGUCGGGCUCAUUUGACUUGCUGAGAGAAGGCUCGGAAGGAUUGGUGUCUCCUGUUGAAGAGAAGAUGGAUUCUUCUGAUAGAAUGGCUGCUAGUGGAGAUGAAAAUAAUGAUUCCGAGGACAAGGACUCUCCGGUUGGAUCAAGGGCUAAGAAUUUAUUGCAAGAGCUCCGCAAUGCCAAUGAAGAAGGACACAAUGGUGAAUUAACAGCUCAACAGUAUAGACUUGAGAGGCAACGCAGGAAAAACCAGGCCGAAUCAGGAUGA